CGAGGAGGAAGAGGAGGAGGAAGAGGAGGGGGAGGAGGAGGAGGAGGAGGAUGGUGCCCCGAUACACGCGGAAGGCGGCCCCCCAGAGCCUGGAGCUGCAAGGACUAACCAAAAAUGCACUUGAACAUCACCCUCCUCCAGAUCAGCUGGAUGAAAUCUCCCCUGUCAGCGACAGCAAUGGAAAAGACUCAAGUUACCAGAGUGAGUUUGAAAUCAUGCAAGAAUCACCUUUUACGUCAGCUGACACUGGGAAUUUGAGAUCUGCUGUUCAGAGUUAUACGGGCACGGGCAUCUCCACCGAAGGCAGCUCGGACUUCUCCUGGGGAUAUGGUGAGCUUGAUAGAAAUGCCACUGAAAGAGUCCAGUUGAUGUUCAGGGAUAUCGAUGAGCUCUUGUACGAGCAGAAAUUAAGCAUGCACGCCAAGGGGCUCCAGGAAGAGUGCCGACAGUGGACCUCCAGUUUUCCUCAUCUCAGGAUUCUGGGUAAGCAGAUAGUCACUCCAUGUGAAGGUUAUGGAUUAUAUCCCACAUCCCCUUCUGUUACUUCAACUUCCCAGGAGAUCAACUUUCCCCAAGAGAGAGAUUCUACUGUGUUUGGAAUAAGGGGCAAGAAGUUACCCCUCUCUGUUUCUCACCUCCAUAAAUCUUCUUCUAUCCCUCAAUCUCCGAGUCUGUACUCUACCGAAAGCGAAGAAGAGGAAGAAAGUGUGAUCGUCUCUGAAGGAAUAAUAGAGGAAUACUUAGCAUUUGACUGCAGAGACAUGGAAGAGAUGCUACAUGAAAAGAAAUCAGGAGUGUCUUCAGAGAGGCGGAAAUUAGGUUACCCACCCAUUUCUCCAUUCUACUGCAUGAAGGAGGCAGUGUUGGCUUAUGUAUUUGACCACGUAUGGAGCAAAGUCCUUGACUGUAUGGAGGAGCUGAUCCGCAAGUACUGGGAGGGAUCAGCAUCAGAUGAUGAGAGCAACGUGCUGACCAUAGAGCCAGCGAGGUCAGGCACCGGCAGUCCUUGUGUUUCUUGCGAGCCUCAGCCACUGGUGUUACCUCGAGUGCCCCAGACUAAGGUGUUCUCCUUCACCUCAAACUCGAUGAAUCUCUGUCAGGGAGCAAGUGGAAGUCCUCAGCAAAAUCUGAAUGGCUUGCUGAUUCACGGGAUGCCAUUACAUCCGAGAAACCUCUCCCUAAUGGACAGAAUCUUAGAUCUGGAUGAUAAGCUCCUUACGAGGCCUCGGUCCAGCACCAUUCUGUCAAACCGAAGUUGGCCAAAUCGUCCCCUGGAGCUCAGUACGUCUUCUCUGUUGUACAGCGCACAGUCCGCCAGAAGACGCAACCCUCCACCACGCACCCUUCACCCCAUCAACGUCAGCCAUUCUCACUCAGGGACACCAAGACCCAAGGAGGAUGUCGUCAGAGGAACACGACUCUCAACUGCCGCUGACUCACUGCCCACUACCUCUCCAAAACCUCUUAGUCGAAACAACCUGCUCCCACCCAUUGGCACAGCAGAUGUGGAACACUUGAGUAUCAUAGGAUCACAAAGACAGAUGAAAUCCCGGACUUACUCCAGCCGAGCUCGGAGUGCGCUGGUAGAUGAGACUGAUGACCAAUACCCUCAGGAGAGACUGCUCUUACCCGACUUUUUCUCCAGACCCAACACCUCACAGUCAUUUUUGCCGGAUACACAGUAUCGUCGUUCUUGCACAGUUAUUGAUUAUUCUGGCCCGUCUCGUGCUACUAGAGGACCCGCAGGUACAGAUUCCAUUAACACCGGAAUGGCAGGACUCAGUUUAGGGGGACCUAGUUCUUCAUACAUUGGCUCUCUUCAUCACAACAACCGCGGUCAUUCUCCAGAAAAAGCUGAGGAAGACAAAAAAGAUCAGCACUCACUGGGUCUUCAAUUACAUAGUUCCAUGAGAUUUCACAACCAGGAUGGAUCCAUCAGUCGAACCAGACAGGGCCUCUAGUAUUAAUGGGAAGAAUCUGUUGUCGACUUGGAUUAGGCAGAUCUAAUUCUUCAGGAAUGUAUUGGGUCGUCGCACUGGUGCUGAACUUGUUGAUGAGACUCGAAACGAUCUUUAUAAAGUUACUUUUCUACAGCUUAACACGAAGAACAAACAAUAUAUGCCAAAGACUGUCUAAACACCUCCAGCUGUCUUCCUCCAGACGUUAACGUGCUCUAUUGGACAAUAAAGCUUAACCACUUUUAACCUAAAGAAGCAAUAUCA